AUGCCUGCCACCACGGCGGACACGCUAUCCCUCGUCAACCGCUCCGUCACGGUUGCACCGUUAGUCCUGCUCUCUGUCGCCGAUCACUACGGACGUACAGCCAAGGGUACCCGGAAACGUGUGGUUGGUGUGCUACUGGGCGAGAACUCUGGCAACAAUGUGCGCGUAUCCAACAGCUUUGCAGUGCCGUUCGAGGAAGAUGAGAAAGACCCAUCAGUGUGGUUCUUGGACCAUAAUUUCGUCGAGUCGAUGAGGGACAUGUUCAAGAAGAUCAAUGCUCGCGAGAAGCUGGUCGGCUGGUAUCACUCUGGCCCCAAGCUGCGCGCUUCCGAUCUGGAGAUCAACGAACUCUUCAAGAAAUACACCCCCAACCCCUUACUGGUCAUUGUCGAUGUUCAGCCGAAAGAAGUCGGCGUUCCUACAGAUGCCUACUUUGCGGUGGAUGAGAUCAAGGAUGAUGGUACCACAACUUCAAAGACCUUCGUGCACACACCCUCGAUAAUCGAAGCGGAGGAGGCAGAGGAGAUCGGUGUGGAGCACUUGCUCCGGGACAUCAGGGACGUCGCAGUGGGCACGCUUUCCACCCGCAUCACCUCACAGCUCCAGUCAUUGCAAGGGCUGCAUCUGCGACUGCGCGAUAUCGGCCAAUAUCUGCAGAAGGUCCUCGACCACGAGCUUCCAGUCAACCAUGCCAUCCUAGGCAACCUCCAGGAUGUCUUCAACCUCCUCCCCAACCUGUCUACCCCGCCGACGACACAGCGGAUUAGCGGCCAGGAGCAACCAAUUGAGAACAGCGAGCUUGCGCGAGCCAUGAGUGUCAAGACAAAUGACCAACUGAUGGCCAUCUAUAUCAGCAGCUUGAUCCGCGCCAUUACGGCGUUCCACGACCUGAUUGAGAAUAAGAUCCAAAACCGACAGCAGCAAGAGGAGAGCGAGUUAAAGCGGGAACAAGAGCUCAAUGCGGCCAAGGAGGGUAAGGAUGGUAAGGAUGGCAAGGACGGCAAGAAGGCCAGCGGUUCAAAUGGCGAGCAGAAGGAGGAGCAGGAUGCCUCUGAUAAUAGCAAGAAGAAGAGCUAA